CUUCAACCCGUCAACCCUCGACCCUUCCUUCAGGCUAGGGUCGCAACCCAAGUCAUCGUCCGCCUGAAAUGGGGCCAGACAGAAUACAAGGGACUUCUGGAGAGCAUUGAUUCAUACAUGAACGUGCUGCUGCGGGACACAGAGGAAUUCAUUGAUGGGAAGCCCACGGGGACCCUGGGUCUUGUUUUCAUACGGUGUAAUAACAUCCUCUGGAUGGGAUCGGCGGAGAAUGUUGAGAUGACGGAUCUGGGAUUACGAUAG